UUCUAAGCGUUCAUUCAAGGAAGUACAUAACUUUUGGCGUUUAGUUUCGCCUUGGGUUUAGAUUUAGUGAGUUUGCUGUCUGGAUCUGUGUUCGUUUCGGCGAGCAGAAUGCGGCACGUGUCGGAGAUUUGAUGUUAUGUGAAUAAAGCAACAGUGCAGACCUGCAGCGGUACUACAGCAAACAAUGAUGGAGGACAGAAGGUUAGAAAUGUCAGAGGAGAAAAAGUGUAAAGAUCCUCCUCAGCUGUUUACCUACUAUCAAGGCGACAUUAACACUGCUGUGGAUGAACACUUCUUCCGUGCCCUAAACAAGGCCACCAUACCAAAAGACCUGAGCACUAAAGCCAAAGACAACAACAGGACUUUCAAAUCUGAUGCCCCCCAAUCUUCGUGGUCUUACCCUUACAACCCGAAGCUGUCCCAGCUGACAUCCAUAGACAAUGUACCUCAGUCCCAGGGGGUAAUUAUGAAUCCCCCAGGAUUAUCAUCAUCAUCGUCUUCAUCAUGGCUUUCCAGACAGAGCGCAGGUUUUGAUGUUCCUCACAUACUCUACCCACAGCCUGCAGCUUCUGAGAGCAGCUCCAGCUCUUACCUUAAUCUCUUACAAAUGGAUCGGCCAGCCGGGGGCAUCAUGAUCUCACCCUUUUCCAAAUCAGAUGCUAGGCCAGAUUGGAGUGCUGGCACAGCCUAUAAAGAUGUACCUGGAAGCAGGAUCGGCCUAGAUUCAGGUGUGCCUGUCACAGAAGUCAGUAAAGAUUUGUACUGGUAUUGAAGAAGUGCUUUUUGGCUCAAGAGUCACAAGAAGAAAUGCCAUUGUUCAGCAUCAGACUGUCUUAUAUUAUGCAAGAGUGCUGUGCUUUUGGACAUCUGACAGAGUGACUCCAACAAUAACAUUCAUGGUGUCAAAAAUUCCUUAGAGAUUAAUGGUAAUUAUUUGCGUCUUAUAGCCAUAAGUUUCUAAGUAUAAGCUAGCUUUAAACUUAUAAGAGAUCUGAAUUGGUUCACUUCUCACUGUUUGACGGGUGAAUGGGAAUGUAAAGUCUAUUUAUAUAGGGAAAUAUGCUAUACCAAAGACUGUGACUUUAAAAAUUGUUGUAUAUAAUAUUCUGUAUUUUGAAAUAAAACAUUAUUACUAUUAAUUUAAUUGAAAACCUAAGUGUGUCUUCAGAGCACAAAACACAGAAGUUAAAAUGUAGUUUGUUAUGUAGAAAAUGCAUAUGUAAAAUAAAACAUAAAAGAGAUUGAACAUAGA